AUGAUCGGCGCUCAGACGCACGCUGCGCGGUGCCCCGUACUAGUUUGCAAGGGCCUUGGGGCUGGCCGGCGACGCGGACCCCCUCCCGUGCCCGUGCGGCGCGCUAUGUGCCCGCCAGUGCUCCGCCGCGGCGUUGCGUGCAUGGGCGGCAACAUCAAGUACCCGGCGGAGCUGGACGAGUUCAACCCGUUCGAAAUCUUGCGCGUGGGGAAGGGCACCACGUUCGAGGGGCUGCUGCGGGCGAGGGAGAUAGCGGCACAGAAUGCCCAGGGUGACGCGCAGAAGCUUGCCGACAUCGAGAAGGCCUUCCGCGUCUUCGUCGACGGCGCGAAGGAGCGCUUCAUCAAGCAGGUGGCCCAGGCCCCGGACAGCCACCUGGCGCACUUCGAGCUCGCGAACUUCUACCAGACCGUCGGCGCGCUCGACGAGGCGGAGGAGUCCUACCGGCGGGCGAUCGCACUGAACCCCAACCACGUCGACAGCCUCAACAACCUCGCCACGCUCCUGCAGGAAGCGCGUGGGAGGCCGCAGGAGGCGGUGGAGCUGUACGAGCGCGCCGUGGCGGCCGCGCCGGAGGACGUCGACGUGUUGUUCCAGUACGCGUUGUGCAAGCUGGCCCUGGGGGACUCUGGGGGGUAUAGGGAGCUGGUGGAGAAGAUCGUCGGGAUCCAGCCGGAGCUCGCGGAGCACCCGCUGAUCAAGGCGCAGGCGGCCCGGCUCGGCGAGAGCUGA